ACUAUGUCUUUAAACUCGCACAUUAGGAACAAGGUGAUACGUUGUUAAGUCAUCGUCGGUCCUCGUGCUUGAAAUGUGCUAGUGCUCCGAGUGCGCGUUGACGUUAAUAACAUCGACACUGCAACUGAAAACCGCGUUUCCGUGCAAACACUAUCAGAAGAAACCGGUAUUCAAAAUGAUGUUUAAAUACAUGUGUUUGGUUUUGUUCAUAACGUGGUAUCAGUUAGCUGAUUGCCAUCCUGCGAGCUCCAGCAUAAAGUCGAUAGAUUCCAUGAUUGAAAAGGAAUCAGAAGCAUUUUUAUCUGUUGAAGCAGAAGACUCAUCUAGUCAUAAGAAUGUCAGAGACAAAAGGACGAUCGGCUUCUUAAGGCAGCUGUUCCCAAAUCUAUCUCAGAUAGUCGACCGAAAGAUCCAACAAAUCACGCGAUUCGUAUUCCGCGUGAUCGGCCGACUGGUACUCCGGGGCGGUAACGCUGGCGGCGCCGCGGGCGGCACCGCAGCCGCCGGAACAGGUGGUGAUUCCGGAGGCAAUGGCGGCCGGCGGAUAUCGAUCACGUUGCCCACGUUCCCGCCGUCCACUGAGGACGAAGAAGAAGAAUCUCAAACGAACGUGCCGGCGGCCGACACGUCGUCCACACCGUCAUCGGACGCUGACGCGUUGGCCUCAAGAAUAUUGGAACCGGCGUCUUCCGAGGCGGCCAUCACAGACUCCGCGCCGGCCGCGUCCGUGGACUCGGCCGCGUCCGUAGAUUCGGUCGCGUCUGUAGAUUCAGCCGCGGCGGCCGACUCAACCGCCGAAGUGGCGGUCACCACCGUCGCCCCAGCAACCACCGCCCCCCCAGCAACUACCUCUGCCCCAGAAACCACCACCGCCGCAGCAGCCGCAGCCGCCCCGGUCACCAACGCCGCACCGGCCGUCGGAUCAGUCACUACCACCGUAGCCGCCGCUGUUGCCGCAGCUGCGACCACCACCGCCAACGCAAUCACGACCAGCUCGCCAACUACUCAAAUGCCAUCGGACUCGGACAACACUGUCGGCACCGGUAUCGUGAAGAGGAUGGCGAGAGAAGUGUCGACGGAUAAUCCGAGCUCAGCGAAAAAACGGUCACCGCUCACAGACACUGAUAACGACGUGUCGUCCGACAACGCUUUGUCUUCUAACGCCGAUGACGACGCCCAGGCCGAGACGGUCGCGGACGAAGACCCAAGGAACAAACGGUUCUUGUUCAACCUGCGGGGAGGAGCCGGCGGUGGAUCUGGCAACUUUUUAUUCGACCUGAUCCGAAGGGGAGCGGACAGAGCAGCUAGGGCUGCCGGUGGUUUCUACAGAGUGGUUGCAGGCACCGACCCAAACACAUUAACACUCGCACAGCCUCUUCAAUAUCCAUCGUUGGUAGCGGGGAGCGGUGCUAACCAAGACAAAGACGAGUCGGUUGACUCUGUGCCGGCCGAAGGCGAAACCCAGGAGGUGCAUGCGGAUGUGAAUGCCAAGGAAGACGGUUACAGCGUCGGCGUACCCGGACCACUGACUAGAAUAUUUGUGAUCGCCAACAGAGGUGUUGCCAAUUUGGUCCAAGAUUUGAUACUGAGAUUGGCCCAGACCACCGAAAGAAUAGUGAACUUCAAAGCCAGAUUAAUUACAUCCCUCAUCUAAGCAAAUAUUCAAGUUUGUGUAGUAAAAUGUAAUUUAUUACCUGCGUGCGGCGUAUUUUAGUCAUGACUUAUGAGAUUAAAUCUUUACUUAACGUUUGUUUGCACAACCACAAACCCACGUCGAGUUUUUUUUAUAAUUGACACGAUUUGUUGAACUAUAUGUGUAAUUAUUUCCAAUUUGUGUUUUGCGCAUCAAUCACGUCGUGACACGCACACACACAUUCAAAUAUUUUACAACUAAAUCAAAACUUACUGAAAUAGCUGACAUAUUAUUAUAUUCAAUUUAUUUUUUACAAAAACGUUGUUCUGUCAACACGAGUUAAACAUUAAACGUCGAUCACAAUGUCCAUACUCCGUAAAGCCCACAACUGAUUUUAAUACCUAGUUAAAUUUUUGAAAAACAAGUGCCAAAAUACAAAAUAUAAUUUUAAAACCACCAGGUGAUACGUCAUCUCCCGCGAUUACAAAUUUUUAAUUAAAUAUGCGUCGAGCACUAAUAUUAGUAUUCAUGUUGAAUAUGCAUCUCAAAGAUUUUACCAGAAUGUCAUAUUAUUAGGUACUUAACUGUACAGCUGGUGGUUAUUGACAAUAAAACACUGAUUUCAAACUAUUGUAGUAAUUUAAUUAAUCAAUUAAAAAAAUCAAAAUCAAAAUUAUGUAGGUACUCAUAUAUUAUAUUUAGUGAUAGAUAUACAACUGUAAAAACAUUAUCAUAUAAAUAUGUAUUUUCUAUGUAGUAUAUUACUUUUAUUUAUUAGACCCAUGAAAUAUGUGAAAAAUUGUCCACUGUAUAAUAUUAUUAUUGGUAUCAUUUUUUUUUUUGCAUAUUAUGUAGGGUUUAGGUAGUUUUUCUUGUAUUUUUAAGUUACAAACAAAAUAAAUAAUUGCUCAACAAUUUUGUUUAUGUAAUAUAUUUAACACAUAUAAUAUGUUAUAAUAACGUAAGGGUAUCAUAUUAUUAUAAUAAUAGACACAUUUCAUUCAUGUUAAUAUAAUCUACCCAUACAUUGUACCUACUCAUUAUAUUCAUAUUAUAAUAUUGUAUACUAAAUAUAUUAAAUAUAUUGUGUCCUUCGACUCUCUUCGUAAAAUUUCUUCGCGAGAUGUUCUCCUAUAUAAGUAAUAUUGUAUAAUAAAGUCUACUGCGCCAUAUCGUAGACUAUAAUUAAUACACCCAUAACACAUAUUAUAAUAAUAUAAUAAAAUAAAGCCUUUAUAUAUAGAUACAACACAAUACCGAUAAAACUUAAUGUGGUACACUUAGUACCCACAUCACAAUAAUAAAUGCAACACAUUCGUGUGAGAUCUAUAAACAAAAAACUCAAAGCUCUUUAAAUGAACAUAGAUCUUCUUUCAUUUAUUCAUCGUAUUUUUUAAUAUUAUCUUCCUUUUCCAUAAUUAUUGUAAUUGUACUUUUAACAUGUAGUCGUGGUUAUGCGAUAAUAAUUGUACAAUACUAAUAUAUAUAUACGUAUAUGAAAUAUUCACCUCAUUUCGUUGAGCCAUUGUUACAAUAUAAUAAUAAAAUAAUAAUAAUAAUAACAUUCACUAUUUUCCUUGUUUCUGCCAAAAACAAUAAAGUAAUAUUAUUAAAUUAAAUUCCCGUUUCCAAUAUUUUUUUAUCCGUUUUCAUUAAAUAUUGUUUGGGAUAUUACCUAACCUGUUUGCGAGAAAUUCUAAGAAUAAAAAUUAACGCAUAUUAUAAUUAACAGAAAUUAAUUUUAUUAUUAAUAAUAAUUGGCGUAUUCAAAAAAAUAAAUAUAAUAAUAUAACGUAGGUGUUAGGUGAAAGUCAAAUAUUAAUAAUUAAUAAUUAUUAUGGUAAGUAUAUUAUAGUUGUAUUUUACAAAAAUAUAAUAUGUUAAACAAGUAAAGAAGUAAAUUAUUUUAGUUCACAAAAAAAUUACAUAUCAAUUAUAUUUAAAUAUUUUAAAAUAUACACAACAAAAAAAAUGUUCAAUUAAAUUGCAGUUUUAUUUUUAAAAAAACCCACAUAAUCACAAAAGAAAUAGUUUUAACGAAGAUGAACCUACUAGUUUAUUAAUUUGACUCAUAUAUUAUUUUAAUUGCAUUUUCAAUUUUGUUACAGGUCACAUAUCAUAUUAGUAGUUUAAAAAUUAAAAUAAUUGGUUUCCUUACUUUUUUGGCGGAAACGAGUAUCAUCCAAUAAAAUAAUACGGGCGGCCACUUUACUUAUCGUUCAAUUUGUUUUUUAUGUUGAGGUUCACUGCGUAUAAUAAUAUUACAAAUGGCACUAUACGUAUCUGACACUCGAUUCUUUGCAACGAUUCUGUACCUAUGACGAAAAACUAAAAAAAUGUUGUAGCGAGGAUUUAUUUACAAUAAUAUAUACAUUAUUUUAAUCAUCGAUCGAUCGGUUAAAAACAUCAGACGCCACGUUGACCCGAAGUCGAAGAAGUACCUGAAGUACUUAGUUUAUUGCGUUAAAAUCAAAAUAAUUAUCAGAUUAUUAUUAUUGGUAUAAGAACCACAGACUUGCAUUUCGCACUUAUUCGUAGUCAUCAGUAACCAAUGGUGUACGGGACCGAUUCGCGUUCGAAUUUGUUUUUUGAACCCUUCUUCGCAACUCUAAUACACAUUUAUACAUCAUAUAGAUUUCGUUUACGGUACUCGACGUACCCACAACACACAAAAGGGACGGUGGUUUUAACCUAACGUGUAGGAUACACGCCACUUGCGCAAAUCAGUCUAGAAUAUAUGUGUACCAGGUGAUCCACUUAUUAUUAGAUAGACAUUGAGAGUGUCUUUAACAGUGAACACAGAAUAAUGUAAUAUUGUGGCGUUUAGAAUAGGUUUCAUAUAAAGUAGUAACCCGUUUCCUGUGCAUUACAAUACGAGUAUAUUAUGUUUUGGUUUUUAAAUAUUGUCAUUAAUAUGUCACGGUAGGUAAUACACGUUAAUUUCCGUCGAUUUUACUCCAUGUCUCCAUGCCAUGACAUUGUACUUAACAUUAUCGUUUUUUAUUUACAUUAGAUCAUCGGAUGUUAUAUUAUAAUACUGAGACAUAAUUAUAUCGUACCUGCUUAGAUACUAUAAUAAUACAUGUUGUACGAGUAUGUAUUAUAUAAUAUUAUAAUACUACUAGUACAGCCGUAUUUAAAUCUCCGGAUACUGUAAUAUUAUGUAGGUACAUUAUUGUAUUUACUUAAUUAAGCUAUAAAUCUGUUUGUAAUUAAAUCAUGACCAUUAUAUUGUAAUAAUAAUUAUUGUUAUUAUUGUUAUUAUUAUUAUUAUUUUAUGUGUGUAUUAAUUGUGUAAAGUCGUUAGUUGUUAAGUUAAUAAUAAUGAUUAUAUAAUAUGAAUUGCUUUUGUAUAGUGUUAAUGAUAAUGUAGACAAGAUUGAAAUAUAUAGUGAUUUUAAAUUAAAUAUAUUAUAUUAUAAUAUUCAAA